AUGCGCGUCGAAUCUCCCCUGGCCUUGCUGGCCCUCUUCUACACCACGCACAGCUUGAAACCAACAAUCCCGCCACAGCCCCCCCAGGCAACAUGCGAGACGCCGCACUACGACGGCGUCGUGGAGGUGCAGGUCAUCGUGCAUGAGACGCCCGCAGGCUGUCCGGUGGUGGUGGAGACGCUCGUCGAACGGCCUACCGUCGUCGAAAUCCUUCCUGGCUAUACCCUGACGGUGACGGACGUGCCGACUUGCAUCGCGACGACGGUGGUGCCGACGGCAAGCAUCUGCUCUACCGAGUAUGCUACCGCGCGAAAUCUGCGGGUAGGAACGCAGGCCAGGCUGACACCAGACGUGUAG